AUGUCUAGUGCUUCAGUGUUCACCACCAACAAUGUAGUAACUCACGAUGAGGAAGACGACAUUACGACAUUGCUGGCAAACUGCGACCGGGAUAGUGCUGUUUGGAAGGAGAUUCUGGUUGAUAACGAUCUGCUCGGUUCGCUGGAAGAUGACGAUCAGUUUGUGGACUUUGUGCACUGUGCGGGCGAUUCCGUGCUGGAUUUGAUAACAGGUGAAGAGCCACUAUUUGAACAGACAGCCGACGAAAUCGAUUCCCCUAGCGAUGACGGCAAAGAGGACGCAUUAUAUAAUGGAGAGGAAAAGAAACCACCCACCACCAUCAGCGAUAAUGGGUCGCCGCCGGGUGGGAGUGAUAUUUUCGUUCGAAAAGAUGACUUUUAUUCGGCAGGUGCGCCAGUGGCAUUCAAGUGUGGCGUUUGUUUGUUGGUGUUUAAAAUUAAAGCACAUUUGAUUAGACAUAUGCUGUUAAAACAUAGCCAGAUUAGUGUUCACAGGGCCGAAAAAAUUUACGGUCGCUGUCGCCGAUGCAACGAGCUUUUUAACACUACCAUAGAAUUGGAGCAGCACCUCAAGAAGGAACACGUGACUACACUUUUUUGCGAUAUAUGCUUACGAUUGUUCAACCACGCCGGUCAGCUUGAGCGCCACCGAACGUAUCAUGGUGGUGCGAAUCCGUUUGUCUGUGAUGUAUGCAGUAAACAGUGCAGAAAUUCAAGUCAUCUACAUUUCCAUCGGAGGACUCAUUUCGUAGCAGAUCAAGGCUAUCGCUGUAAGCACUGUGAUAAACAAUUCUCAUCCGCCGGAAACUGCCAGAAGCACGUGACUCGUGUUCACACUUUGGAAAAACGCUACAAAUGCUCCCAGUGUGCGGAAGCAUUCAUCUACACUCGCCAGCUGAAAAUCCACGAGAAGCAAAGUCACGCAUCGAAAAAAUUCGGACCACACGACUGCGAGAGAUGCAGUCUGCCAUUCCGGAAACGGGAAGAGCUUAAAAAGCACCAAAAAGACGUCCAUUAUCAGAAGGAUCGCCCUCACGCAUGCGACCAGUGUUCGGCUCGGUUCAAACAAUCCGGUCACCUGAAAACGCACAAACUGUCCCAUUCCGGGAGUAAACCUUACGGUUGUGAUAUCUGCGAGAAACGUUUCCUAACCGGACACGAUCUCAAGGUUCAUGGGCGCGCAAAGCACAGCAAGGAAAGGCCGUUUCAGUGCGAUCAGUGUGGAAAGGCUUUUAUCGUCGGCUACUUGCUCAAUCAACAUUUGCAGAAAGUUCACGCCAGUUUGAACAAUAGUACAAAACGUUAG